GUUUGGAGAGCGUGUUGAGUUUAAUCAAUUCAGAACGUCGAGAUGGAGCCCAACUCACCGAAGUGGGUAGGCUCUUCUUGCGGUUUACACGGACCAUAUAUAUUCUACAAGGCGUUUAAAUUUCACCGGGACAGUAAACCAAGAAUUCUGUCCCUCGGAGACUUUUUCUUCGUGAGAUGUAAGCCUGGGGAUCCGAUUUGCAUAGCGGAGCUACAGCUGUUAUGGGAGGAAAGGACUACUAAGCAACUUUUAUCAAGCUCAAAACUUUAUUUCUUACCCGAAGAUACUCCCUCGGGAAGGACAGUUAGCCAUGGAGAGCAUGAGGUCAUUGCUGUGUCAGAGAAGGUGAUUGUUCGGUUGGAGGACCUGGUGAAGUGGACAGUCCCAGAGUUUUCGGAAUGGUCUCACGGGCUGCGGGCAGCGCCUCUGAAGCCCUCUGUCCUGAGGGAGCUGGGCACCAACGGACACAGAGAGGCCCUCCACAGAUACAGGGAGAGCACCUUCAACAGCGGCCUCAACUUCAGAGACAUCCAAAGGGAGAGGUCUCAACUGGGCCAGGAUGAUGACGGCAAGAAAGUGCUGGUGAUGAGCUACCCCCAGUACUGUCGUUACCGCUCGGUCCUGGCCCGGCUCAGAGAGCAGCCGUCUGCCCUGCUGACGGACCACACCGUGCUGGCUUUGGGCGGCAUCGCCUCCCAACACGACACCACACGCAUCCUCUACUGCAGGGACACCUUCGAACACCCCACCCUGCUGCAGAAUGAGAGUGUCUGCGAAGAGUUCGCCCCUAACCUGAAGGGUCGGCCACGGAAGAAGAAACUGUCAGUGUCCCAGCGAAGGGACUCCCAGGGCCACAGUCAGGGGCCUCAGGGACCCCAAGAACCCAGCACCCCAGAGAACAAGUCUCACACCAAGAUAAAACCUAACUGCAAGUUGACGGUUCCCACCAGAGGCACAAUGGCCAAACCCAGGAUCUGUAAACAGGCAUCUGUGGAGGAGAAGGUGGAGAGGGAGAAGAAGGAGGAGAAAGAAGAGGACGAAGAAUCAUCAAAGGAGAGUCGUGCAGACGAGCAGGCCUUCCUAGUAGCCCUAUACAAGUACAUGAAAGACAGGGACACACCUAUCGAUAGGAUCCCCUUCCUGGGAUUUAAGCAGAUUAACCUUUGGACUAUGUUUCAAGCUGCUCAGAAACUCGGAGGAUAUGAGUUGAUCACAGUUCGCAGACAGUGGAAAAAUGUAUAUGAUGAGCUGGGUGGAAACCCAGGGAGCACAAGUGCCGCCACAUGCACACGAAGACACUACGAGAGGCUCCUCCUACCCUAUGAGAGGUACACCAAAGGAGAGAAGGACAAACCCCUCCCCUCAGCCAAACCCAAAAAACAGGAGCAUGAGGCCCAAGAGGGGGGUGCCAAACCCAAAGGGGUCACAGCGAAACGACCUAAAGGUGGACUAAACCAGAGACAGGUGGCCAGGAAGGAGAGAGAGAGCGACGACGCAGCAAAAAGCCAGGAGCUCUCACAGGUAUCUGAGGAGAAAGAGGAGAACCAGGAGCCUGCAGUGAUGAAGCAGGAUCCUCUUUCCAGAAAUGAGCCUGAAGAAGAGUUACAACACACCCUGAAGAAAGAGGAGACAUUGAGCCAGGAGGAAGUGUCCUGCCUGAAUCCCCCCAACACAGACUGCCACCGAGCCACACCUGUGCUCCACAGUGAUCUGUGUCCACAGCCCGAGUGGAGACAUCCCAGCCAGCCACAAUCAGACACAUUCAACCUUGAGCAAAGGGACCAAGCCGAUGGAACCCUCUCUAAGACCCCAUAUCCACACAACUGGGACAACCAGAACAGUAAGCCUAGGUAUAGCAGUCUAGCUGACCCAAGCACACCUGACACGCCGGUAGCUAAAGACACAGACAGUCACAGUUAUGGACAUGGUGGGAGGGUGGGUAAGGUGUUGCCCAUGUGUAAGCAGAGCCCACCCCCACUGCAGCUAUACUCUACAGAGCCACUCACAGACAAACAGGACUCCCCCAGUAAAAACAAAGAGAUAAAUCAGUGUCACGUGUACACGCCAACAGCAUACUCCAAGGACAACCUGGGGGUCAUGUCCCCACUAGCCAAGAAGAAGCUCCUCUCCCAAGUCUGUGAGACAAGUCAUUACUCAUUCAGUUCCCCUCAUCUUCCUACUCCCACUCCAUCAGUCAGUGGGGGUGAUGUAAGCGACAGCUGCGUAGAGGAGGUAGUGAAACUGAGGCAUGGCUCCAUCCCGGACAGCCCAGAGAUGGCUCCUGUCUUCAGGCCUUCUGUCAUCCAGCAUGCCCAAAGCGUCAAACCCCAGCAAGAGAGGAGUCCUCUGGGGGAUCUGUCUGAGCCUUUCACUUGCAGAGUGAGCCACUUCCAGCCCCGGCUCAACCCACCCUGGCACCCCUACCUCCACAGGACUGAGCACCAGGAUGGAGUGGAGAAUGCAGGAGAGACACGGAUGCAGCAGCAUCCCAGUCAGGCACCACCAGGCUUUGCAGGCGACUGCUACUCCUCCCCUCACCUACACAACCUCUACCGGCAGACAGAGAACUGUCUGAGCCAAGAGCGAAUGGCCAAUUAUCCCAACAGAGACAAACAGGGACAUUUUAUUGUGGAAUGUCAGAGCAGCGAGGGCUUCAGCUUAAACAAUCCUGACAGAGAAGGGUUGGCUUACAGAGCUCCCCACUUCUCCGAGAGGACACAAACACAUGGGGAUAGACCAUUGGACGAGGAACCCCGAGAUUUCAGUAUUUCCAAGCCUGUCACUCAAAGAAUGUCUUUCACAAAGCCCUCUUUCUGUGGCCUCCCAUAUCCCAUGAUGCAUCAGAGUUUAGACUAUCACCCCAAAGCAUGCAGAGUCCUCCCCAUGACUAUAUCUACCCCCAAACAAAGCCCAGACCCCCCUCAGCCCUUCUUCAACCCUAAAAGCCACGCUGAGACUGUCAGUGCCUCCAGGCCCAGUAAGAGAAGCCUGGGGGAACUAGAGAACGAGGGGGUGCCAGACCGCAAGGUGCGAGUGGUGACGCCCAUGCACCCCGCCGGCUCUGUCCGCAGGGGCGACCCACAGGGGGAGGAGCUCAAACCAGCUGAACCGGCGCACGCCAUCCAUCUCCACAUUCCUGAGGGCCACACCUACCCUCCCCACACACCCUUCUACUCAGGGAUGUACCCCGGGAUGCAGGAUGCCCUCCAUCACAACCUCCAGUACCUGAAGAGCCAGACAGCUGUGUCCCCCCUGGUCCCUCCACUAGCCUUCCACUCCAUGAUGCUACAGAGGCAGCUGAUGGCCUCACAGCCCAGCCCUCAUCACUUCUACAGGCACCCUGGGGGGGCGGCCCUGUACGGGGACCUCCUGCACCACCUGUACCCCCUGUCCACCCUUACCCACCCACAGCUGUCCUCCAUGCACCCCAGCACCAGACUCUAACAGACAAACCCACAUGGAGCUUAACUGUUUACCUGGGACAGUGGAUCUAGUGUUCUAUUAUUCAGUAAGCAUGACAACACUGGUUAACUGUAGCUGGUGGAUUUAGUCAGGCACACAGUUACAUUUUUUUGUAUUUUUUGUUUGUUUUUGCACUGUGCUGUAUCAUCACUUAAGUUACCUUGUCUCAAUUUGCACUCUGUAGUGUUUGUGUUCACCAACCAGGUCCUUUCUCUCGCUCAACAGUCAGGUUCUUACUAUCUUUAAGUGUGGAGGGACAGGAGACAGAGAAAAGCCAUUGGCAUGCAUGUCAGGGGAUAAUCGGAUUUGCUGGGUCUCCAAAGGGAUGGACUUCAUCACUGCAAUGCAACAACCUCAUCCUCCAAAUGUGUUCUGGGGAUUUUAUCAGGUUGAAACACUAAAAAAAAACAUGAGGGGCCUAUCUAAAAUAGACUCUUUACGAAAAGUUUGCCAUUGGAAAAGUUAAUGCAGCUGUUAAGCAUUAGGCUACUCCACCUUCAAUCAAGUUUUUAAUAUCUUUUUAGAGCUCUCUAGUGUGGUGCUUUGGCCUGUUUCUGUUCAUGUAUAAGUCAACUACACCUGUAUUCUUAGGAAUUACUGUGUUAAACCACGGUGCUGUACAAAACCACAAGGCCCUGAGGUAUUGUAUGUACAGUACCAGUCAAAAAUGUGGAUACAACUACUCAUUCCAGGGUUUUUCUUUAUUUUUACUAUUUUCUACAUUGUAGAAUAAUAGUGAAGAUAUCAAAACUGUGAAAUAACACAUAUGUAAUCAUGUCGUAACCAAAAAAAGUGUUAAACUAAUCAAAAUAUGUUUUUUUUAGAUUCUUCAAAGUAGCCACCCUUUGCCUUGAUGACAGCUUUGCACACUCUUGGCAUUCUCUCAACCAGCUUCAAGAGGUAGUCACAUGGAAUGCAUUUCAAAUAACAGGUGUGCCUUGUUAAAAGUUAAAUAGUGGAGUUUGAGCCAAUCAGUUGUGUUGUGACAACGUACAGGAGGUAUAAGACCAAGUCCAUAUUAUGGCAGGAACAGCUCAAAUAAGCAAAGAGAAACGACAGUCCAUCAUUUCUAAGUAGUCUAUCUGGAAAAUGUCAAGAACUUUCUUUAAAUUUCAAGAAAGUUUCUUCAAGUGCAGUCGCAAAAACCAUCAAGCACUAUGAUGAAACUGGCUCUCAUGAGGACUGCCUCAGGAAAGGAUGACCAAGAGUUCAUUAGAGUUAACUGCACCUCAAAUUAAUGCUUCACAGAGUUUAAGUAACAGACACAUCUCAACAUCAACUGUUCAGAGGAGACUGUGUGAAUCAGGCCUUCAUGGUCGAAUUGCUGCAAGAAACCACUACUAAAGGACACAAAUAAGAAAAGAGACUUAUUUGGGCCAAAAAACACAAGCAAUGGAGAUUAGACCAGUGGAAAUCUGUCCUUUGGUCUGAUGAGUCCAAAUUUGACAUUUUUGGUUCCAACCAAUGUAUCUUUGUGAGACGCAGAGUAGGUGAACGGAUGAUCUCUGCAUGUGUAGUUCCCACCGCAAAGCAUGGAGGAGGAGGUGUGAUGGUGCUUUUCUGGUGACACUGUCAAGGCACACUUAACCAGCAUGGCUACCACAGCAUUCUGCAGCGAUACUCCAUCCCAUCUGGUUUGCGCUUAGUGGGACUAUCAUUUUGUUUUUCAACAGGACAAUGACCCAACACACCUCCAGGCUGUGUAAGAGCUGUUUGACCAAGGAGAGUGAUAGAAUGCUGCAUCAGAUGACCUGGUCUCCACAAUCACCUAACCUCAACCCAAUUGAGAUGGUUUGGGAUGAGUUGGACCGCAUAGCGAAGGAAAAGCAUCCAACAAGUGCUCAGCACUUGACUGUUGAAAGACUGUUGAAAAAUCAUUCCAGGUGAAGCUGGUUGAGAGAAUGACAGGAGUGUGCAAAGCCGUCAUCAAGGCAAAGGGUGGCUACUUUGAAGAAUCAAAAAAAUAUAUAUAUUUGUUUUAACACUUUGUUUGGUUACUACAUGAUUAUAUAUGUGUUAUUUGCAUAGUUUUGAUAUCUUCACUAUUAUUCUACAAUGUAGAAAAUAGUAAAAAAAAAUCAAGAAAAACCCUUGAAUGAGUAGGUGUGUCCAAACUUUUGACUGGUACUGUAGAUAAAAGCUCAUUUUCAUCAGAACACCCAAGCUGUGAAGAAACCACAUUUGACGUUUUUCAUCCGUUUUUUAAGGCGAGUCGUAUCGCUUGUCAGGAACAUUCUCUCAAAAUGUUUUGUUGACCCCUGAGAGAUGGGAAGGUGACCCAGAUACAUUAAUAUAUUGAACAGAAAGUAUUUGUACUACGCUUAACAUUUGAGUCACUGAUGCUGCCUACUGUGACAUCUGACAGCACUUAUCUUGACACAUUGUAGCUCUGAAAAAUCACUUAUUCUUGUAUGGCUGUUUACUCAGCCUCCUUCGUUCAACAGCAUACUGUAUGAUAAAUAAAAUGUGUCUUGUAGAUUAUUGCUUUGUGAAUAUGUGCCUUUCUUAAUCUUUGAUUACUGGUUGCAGCACUACAGUUAUAAGGUUCCCAUUCCAUCAUCACAUUGCAGUGCAAACUCAUUGGACUGUAAAUGUAUAGUAUCAUAGUUAAUGUUUAGCAAAAGGCAUAGUUAAGCACUGGUGUAGAGAGUGGCUACUAGAAUAGAUUUAUGUGCCACAGCCAGGCUCAGUGAUCAAAAGGAACCCUGUAGUGCCUCAGGACUAAUAGCACCUGGUCUGGGUUUACAACCAUCAGAACUGUUUUAAUGGGUAUUUGGGACAUAUGAAAUAUAGGUAACACAUAGCCAUUUAAUUUUGUCUUGAAGCCAAUCAGAAGAGAUUUAGCAGACACUUAAGAUAAACAUUAAUUUACAAUUACAUGUUCUGAAUGUCAUGUUUGCUUCAGCAACUUUAGUAACUACUGUUUAGGCUCCUUAACAUUCAAAACUUUUCUCUGGCAUAUUUCUCUGUCUGACAUCUUCUGUAAAUAAUAAUGUAAAUACUGUUGACUUCUGAUAGUCUUAUCAUGUGUUAUAUGUUGUUAUAAUCUGUAAAUAGUAUAAAUGCAUAAAGCUGCUUACACAAUCUAGAUGUGUCAAAGGUCACCUUACUAUAUUAGAUCUGAACACUAUUUGUAGGACACUUUUUAUUUGCUUGUUUUCCCACAUUGUUUCCAUACUGUUCAUCUUUAACGUGUUUUUGAUACGAUGUGCCAUCUGUUUACCAAUCAUUUAGCUGGCAAACAAGAAGAAAAACAUUUUGUAUUAUAUGAUCCUCUGUAUAUUUAAUUAAAAUAUUUUACUAUCAA